AUCCAGCUGGGUAGCCGGGGGAGCGCGCGUGGGGGCUCCGCGAGUCGCUCGCCCUUGGUUUCUGGGGAAGCCUGGGGGACGCGGCUGUGGCGGAGGUGCCCUGGGCCUCAGGUCGCCUGGAGCGUGGCACGCAGAGCCCCGGGCGCGGAGCUGGGGCCGCGCGGCCGCACUUGGCCCCAGCGGGCGUGGGACUGAGCAGUCUGCUGCCCCCGACAUGUGACCCAGCCCCGCCGCCCAUGCGGGCUCCCGGCCGCCCGGCCCUGCGGCCGCUGCUGCUGCCGCCGCUGCUGCUGCUGCUCCUGGCGGCGCCUUGGGGACGGGCAGUUCCCUGUGUCUCUGGUGGUUUGCCUAAACCUGCAAACAUCACCUUCUUAUCCAUCAACAUGAAGAAUGUCCUACAAUGGACUCCACCAGAGGGUCUUCAAGGAGUUAAAGUUACUUACACUGUGCAGUAUUUCAUAUAUGGGCAAAAGAAAUGGCUGAAUAAAUCAGAAUGCAGAAAUAUCAAUAGAACCUACUGUGAUCUUUCUGCUGAAACUUCUGACUACGAACACCAGUAUUAUGCCAAAGUUAAGGCCAUUUGGGGAACAAAGUGUUCCAAAUGGGCUGAAAGUGGACGGUUCUAUCCUUUUUUAGAAACACAAAUUGGCCCACCAGAGGUGGCACUGACUACAGAUGAGAAGUCCAUUUCUGUUGUCCUGACAGCUCCAGAGAAGUGGAAGAGAAAUCCAGAAGACCUUCCUGUUUCCAUGCAACAAAUAUACUCCAAUCUGAAGUAUAAUGUGUCUGUGUUGAAUACUAAAUCAAACAGAACGUGGUCCCAGUGUGUGACCAACCACACGCUGGUGCUCACCUGGCUGGAGCCGAACACUCUCUACUGCGUGCACGUGGAGUCCUUCGUCCCAGGGCCCCCUCGCCGUGCUCAGCCUUCUGAGAAGCAGUGUGCCAGGACUUUGAAAGAUCAAUCAUCAGAGUUCAAGGCUAAAAUCAUCUUCUGGUAUGUUUUGCCCGUAUCUAUUACCGUGUUUCUUUUUUCUGUGAUGGGCUAUUCCAUCUACCGAUAUAUCCACGUUGGCAAAGAGAAACACCCAGCAAAUUUGAUUUUGAUUUAUGGAAAUGAAUUUGACAAAAGAUUCUUUGUGCCUGCUGAAAAAAUCGUGAUUAACUUUAUCACCCUCAAUAUCUCGGAUGAUUCUAAAAUUUCUCAUCAGGAUAUGAGUUUACUGGGAAAAAGCAGUGAUGUAUCCAGCCUUAAUGAUCCUCAGCCCAGCGGGAACCUGAGGCCCCCUCAGGAGGAAGAGGAGGUGAAACAUUUAGGGUAUGCUUCGCAUUUGAUGGAAAUUUUUUGUGACUCUGAAGAAAACACGGAAGGUACUUACCUCACCCAGCAAGAGUCCCUCAGCAGAACAAUACCCCCGGAUAAAACAGUCAUUGAAUAUGAAUAUGAUGUCAGAACCACUGACAUUUGUGCGGGGCCUGAAGAGCAGGAGCUCAGUUUGCAGGAGGAGGUGUCCACGCAAGGAACAUUAUUGGAGUCGCAGGCAGCGUUGGCAGUCUUGGGCCCGCAAACGUUACAGUACUCAUACACCCCUCAGCUCCAAGACUUAGACCCCCUGGCGCAGGAGCACACAGACUCGGAGGAGGGGCCAGAGGAAGAGCCAUCGACGACCCUGGUCGACUGGGAUCCCCAAACUGGCAGGCUGUGUAUUCCUUCGCUGUCCAGCUUCGAGCAGGAUUCAGAGGGCUGCGAGCCUUCUGAGGGGGAUGGGCUCGGAGAGGAGGGCCUUCUAUCUAGACUCUAUGAGGAGCCGGCUCCAGACAGGCCACCAGGAGAAAAUGAAACCUAUCUCAUGCAAUUCAUGGAGGAAUGGGGGUUAUAUGUGCAGAUGGAAAACUGAUGCCAAUGCUUCCUUUUGCCUUUUGUUUCCUGUGCAAACAAGUGAGUCACCCCUUUGAUCCCAGCCAUAAAGUACCUGGGAUGAAAGAAGUUUUUUCCAGUUUGUCAGUGUCUGUGAGAAUUACUUAUUUCUUUUCUCUAUUCUCAUAGCACGUGUGUGAUUGGUUCAUGCAUGUAGGUCUCUUAACAAUGGUGGUGGGCGCCUGGAGUCCAGGGGCUGGCCGGUUGUUCUAUGCAGAGAAAGCAGUCAAUAAAUGUUUGCCAGACUGGGUGCAGAAUUUAUUCAGGUGGGUGUACUCUGGCCUCUUGGUUCAUUAUUUUCAAACAAGCACACUUGUACAAUUAUUUUCUAGGUACCUCCCAUGUGCACAUAGCACUGUAAAAAAUAUUUCCCAAAGAUCACUCAUUUCAUAAAUACCACUUUUUCAGAAUUGGGUUUACUGCGAGCAGGAGGAGAUACUUAAAACAUGCACAUAUACCAGGUUGGUGGUAAGUGGGUCACAUGUGAAAACCUCAACUAUUUAAUCAUCAUGAUUCAUAUUUUGAGUGAAUACAUCAGGCACAGACCUUCAUGAUAUCACACACUCUUGGCUACUUUAAGAGGCCAUCUUUAAUACUUUAUGAGUAGUUCUGGAGUGUAAACAUAAACGAAUAUUCUUUUGUAGUCAGAAAAGUGUCCUCUCAAUAAUUUAGUAGGGGCUUAUUGUCUCUCAAAACUAACCUAAAAGAAAAUGACACAUUUUAUAAUAGAAUAUAUUUAUUUCUGGAAGUGUGUUUUCAAAAAGAUAUUUACAUAGUCUGUAAACUAGAAAGUGUUAAGUAAAGCUCUAGAUUACUGUGUUACUAUUAUAAUAUUAAACAUUCGAAUAGGCAGUCGUUCAAAGACUUUUUGGAAUAUCUAUGAAUGAAUAUUCUCUAUUCUUAUAAUAUUAAAACCCAUAAGUAAAUAUAGGACAUACAAAAGAAAUAAGUUAAAUGACUAUGUAAGGGAGAGUUUAUUAAAAUUUGAUGAAAUUUACUGUAGGAACUAAACUAUGCCAUAAAACAAUAGCUUUCUAGUUCAAUUCCAGUAACUGUUCCCAUCUCCUUUACCACUUGUUAAGAAAAUUAAAUUCUUCAGUCACGCUGCUUUAAAAUGGGACAAAAUCUAUUAAGUUGAACCAUAUAUAAUUGUUGAUAUUUGGCUGUUUUUAAUCUGACAAGCAGUAACUUCCUAUGGUUUGCCUUAAUAUAUAUUUGUUUUAAUCAUGAACUCAUAAUCCACUGAUGCUCUUUCGUGAGAAGAAAUAUCACCCAUAUUUCCUUAUUGAUAUUUUUGGUACAGGCAGACAACCCUGGUAGGAGAGAUGGAUUCUGGGGUCAUGACCUUUCGUGAUUAUCCACAAAUGCAAACAGUUUCAGAUCUAAUGGUUUAAUUUAGAGAGUAAUUAUAUUAAUCAGAGUGUUCUGUUAUUCUCAAUCUUUAUAGAAAUGAUUCUGCUGGUUUUGAAGAACAGAUGUAUUACACUAACUGUAAAAGUAGUUCAAGAGUGAGAAAGAAUAAAUUGUUAUUAAGAGCAAAAGAAAAAUAAAGUGAUUGAUGAUA